AACAAACAAACAAAAAAAGGCUUGAAAUAUUUCACUUUAUGUGUAAUGAAUCUAGAAUAUAUGAAAGUUCCACUUUUUGAAUUAAAUUACAGGACAAAAUGAACUUUUCCUUAAUAUUCAAAUGUUUUGAGAUGCACCUGUAUGUAUAUAUGUAUGUAUGUGUGUGUGUGUAUAUAUUGCUGCCUUUCCUCUCACAUUCAGUUUAUAGCAACAUUGUGAUAAAUGUAAGUCAUUCUCAGAAAUAAUUUCUAAGGAAGAAAAACGAACUGUGAAAGUUUUACACUCAGGUAUCAUACCGUGAACUUUUCAAACCCUAACUGUUGUGGGCAAACAAAACUAAGCUAACACAAUUAAGAAGGGAAAGUGAAGAAAGUGAAAGGUCAGUCACAGAGUGCUGGCUGAAUGUGAGUGAAGGUUAAGUUGUGUCUUCACUAUACAUAAAAACAGGACACCGAUGAAGCUCAGCCAAUCAGCGCUCAGGAUUUCUCCCAUUCUGCUUCACUAAAGCUGAGAGUGACAACACAGCGCCACCCGGAAGGCACGAGACGAUCAGUGAGGAGCCGAGAAUGAACCGCUUCAAGACUUCCAAAUUUAAGAACACCACUCCGAAGAUCUCGAAGAAAGAUGAGUGGAUCUCAAAUGUGCGAGGUAGCUCCCUCAACUCUCAGGGCAACCAGAUUAAAUCCAGCUGUAGCCUUCUGGCAUUCAACACUGAGCAGAGUGGUGGUGGAAUGGUGGGGCUUUGCUCACUUGACCCUGGACCUGAUGGCAAAUGGACAGUAACUCAAAUUCCAUGUCAUGCUGACCAUGUGACUGAUCUGGAUUUCUCCCCAUUUGAUGACUAUCUCUUGGCCACCUGCUCAGCUGAUGAGACGGUAAAGGUAUGGCGCGUGUGUGAUCCAGCUGAGGAGCAGCCUGUAAGCGCUAAUAUAUCGUUAAGUCCUGGGGACGGACGACUGGAGCUGCUGCUUUUCCAUCCCACUGCUUCCGGCUUGCUGGCAGUCGGCUCAGGCAGGGGUGUCCAAGUGUGGGACACCAGCAGAGACAAAGCCCUUGCAGUUUUGGAGCAGCAUAAGGAGCAGUUGCAGAGUCUGGCCUGGAAAGAGGACGGCUCCCUGUUGGCCUCCUCCUGCAAGGACAAAAACCUGCGCAUCUUUGAUCUGAGAGCACAGUUGACUGCAGUCCAGUGUGCUCAAGUUCUUUAUAGCAACAAGGAUUCUCGUGUUCUCUGGGUGAAAGAUGAUUAUAUCCUCACUACUGGAUUCAAUCAGAAUCGGCAGCAGGAGGUGCGGCUGUGGGAUUACAGGAAGCUGAACUCCUCACUGAGCUCCAUGUCUUUAGCCACCUCCAAUGGGACUUUAAUGCCAUUGUAUGAUCCUGAUUCUGGUCUCCUUGUAGUGUCAGCAAAGGGAGACAGUGUGAUCGACUGCUUUGAGGUGACCACAGGGGAGCCAUGCCUUUCACAAGUGAGCCACUGCCUGAGCGACGCAUCCACACGUGGAAUAGCAGUGGUUCCCAAACUGGCGCUGGACGUAGGCCGUUGUGAAGUGCUGCUGGUGAUGCAGCUGACUGACAAUUUCAUCAUCCCAAUCAGCUACCAAGUGCCUCGCAAGGCAGGGCAGGACUUCCAUGCUGACCUAUAUCCAGACACUGCAGGCCACACACCGGCCCUGACAGCAGAUGAAUGGUGGAAGGGAAUGAAUAAGCAAGUGGAAAAGGUGAGCCUCCACCCAGACAAGAGGCCAAAGGGGAAAGUUCAGCCAGCCACUCAGGUCACAGCAAAGGAACUACCUCGUGGAAAAAGUAAAGAGGUUCCCUCCACCUCCAGUAGUGCCCUCAGUACCCCAAGCAACAGUGCAGUUCCAUCCCGUUCCCCUUCCUUAACCAGUGGUAUGUCCUCCGGGUUCCUCCCCAGCCCCAGCCAGAGCUCCCGUGCCAUCCAGAGCAUGCUGGGCCCAAGCUCCAAGUACCGUCAUAUUCAGGGCACUGUUCUGCAUCGUGAUACGCACAUCACCAACCUGCGUGGCAUGAGUCUGACUACACCUGGCGAGUGUGAUGGCUUCGCUGCCAAUGGGCAGCGAGUGGCAGUGCCUCUGGCCAUUGCAGGAGGGCAGAUUUCUGUGCUUGAGCUCUCUCAGCCUGGGAAGCUGCCAGACACAACACUGCCCACCAUCCAGAACUCAGUGAAUGUGGCUGACUUCUGCUGGGACCCUUUUGAUCCUCACAAGCUGGUGGUUGCUGGUGAUGAUGCAAAGAUCCGUGUGUGGAAGAUUCCAGAAGGUGGUUUAGUGGAAACACUGACUGAACCUGAGUGUGUUCUACGGGGACACACUGAGAAAAUCUACUCCAUCAAGUUCCACCCCCACGCCUCAGGUCUGCUGGUGUCCUCGUCAUAUGACAUGACUGUGCGACUGUGGGACCUGGAAACUGGAAGAGAAGCCAAGAAACUAAGUGGACACCAAGAUCAGAUAUUUGGAAUGGCUUGGAGUCCCAACGGCAAGUUGUUGGCUACUGUGUGUAAAGAUGGAAAAGUGCGUUUGUAUGACCCACGCAACUCUACUGAACCCAUCCAGGAGGGCCCUGGUCCUGAGGGCCACAGAGGUGGUCGUGUAGUCUGGGUUUGCGAUGGCCAGUACCUGCUAGUGUCAGGGUUUGACUGCCGCAGUGAGCGACAGCUUUACCUGUUCUCUGCUGAGUCCUUGGCCUCCGGACCUGUGGCUACCGUACCUGCUGACGUGUCCCCCUCAACGCUCAUCCCAUUCUAUGAUGCCGACACCAGCCUUGUUAUUCUCACAGGGAAGGGCGACACACGUGUGUACAUCUACGAAAUCAUAACAGAAGCCCCUUACUUUAUGGAGUGCUGCAGCUUCAACUCCUCUGAGCCACACAAGGGCUUGUGCUUCCUGCCAAAGACGGUGUGUGAUGUACGUGAUGUAGAGGUGGCCAGAGCUGUCAGACUUGGCAAGACCACCAUUGAGCCAGUGGCAUUCAAAGUGCCUCGAGUCAGAAAAGAGUUCUUCCAGGACGAUGUGUUCCCUGAGACAGCAGUGUGGUGGGAAUCAGGUCUGAGUGCUGCUGCGUGGCUCUCCGGUUCUGACAGUCAGCACCACAAGAUCAGCCUGCAACCGAAAGACAUGACUCCUGUGAGCAAGGCUCCUAAGGAAGCACCAGUAAGGAAGUACCUACCCUCUUCUGUGUACCUCGAAGAGAAGACGGAUGAACAGAAAAAAGAGGAGCUUUUGAGUGCCAUGGUAGCUAAGUUGGGGAACAGGGAAGAUCCACUGCCACAGGAAUUAUUCGAGGGGGUGGAUGAAGAUGAAUGGGAUGACUAAUGAGAAGCCUUGUUGGUGACAGUGCUAUCAACAGAGAAUUAAAGAAAGAUCCAAGUCUGCUUGAUACCCAUGUCACUACUGACUGCCAGACUGAAGGCCACACUCCAAUACAUCCACUUAUGCAUCACAAAAUCCAACAAACUUCUUCUGCAUCAAUCAGUCAGAGCUAAAUGUACAUAAUCUUCUAUAGUUAGCUGUACAUGCAUUUCUGUAGUCAGUGAUCAUGUGAUCAGUUACAUGCAGACUUGCUAAUACAUAAGACUGGUUGAAUGUACUCUGAGCCUAACAGCAUUGCAUGCGUUUUUAACUGUUGAUUAGAAGGAAUUUUUAUACCGUUACAUUUUUCUAUAACAUUGUAAAAAUGUUUCACAAGCUUCUCAUUAAUCUGCUCCCCUUCUAGCCCAUAUUUUUUGCUAAGUAAUCAGAAACAUUGAAUCUCUAAAAUGCAUGUUUCCAGGUUUUAUGGUUAUAAUGCUUAGCUGUAUCGUAUGUCAGAAAAUUCAUCUUGGGAAAAACACACAGGGCUGAAACCUCCAUUACAUUACUCUGUUCUACAGUUUUCAUAUCUCAGGCAAAUUGAGAUUGCCUGAGAGAAAUAAAUUCCAGUCUUAUUCAGUAGAAAGCGUUCCUCUGAGUGUGUUUUUUAUUCAACUUUAUCAGCAGUGUUAUCUGGCUUUUUUAAUCAGUGUAAUGUCAACUGCCAAGAUUAAAUUCCCAGUAAGGUAUGUCACAUACCACAAUAAUAUUCUGAUUAUGUUUACAUGUGACAUUUCAGCUUCCUAUGCAGAAAAGGCAAUAACAGUGUUUACAGGAGGAGAGACGCAAAACAGUUUCUUUUAGGAGCACUUGUGCACCUAAUUACACAUUUUUUUUUAGAGAUUGUAGCGUUAAUGUGCCACAAUAUAACACACAAGUAGGCAUGACAAAACUUGAGCUGGUUAGUUAUGACAGAAUUUAGGAACAUAGUGUGAGCCAUAACAAAUUAAUUUACCUUCUGAUAAACUAAAUGUAAUAUUUUCAGUUCAUUUACAGACUGUAUGCAAAAAAACCACUGCUACCCUGUUCACCUUGUAAACAAAUACAAUAAACAUCAAUGUUCAGUC